CCACUCUGCCCAGAAUAAUUUUGAGAUAACUAGCAGGCGUUGCAAUUUCGGAAUCUGUCCUUGUAUGAUGGCGGACGAAAAUUCCCACUGGAGAAUCCGCAACGCAUAGCCUACCCUGAGUACGAAAAAAAUGAAAAAUUGAAACGAAUAAACCGAGCCGGGACGGACUGUAGCAUACAGCUUCGUCAAAACAAUUAUACACCCGGGCUCAUUCCGGAAGAUGUCAAGAUUGCAAGCGCGGAAAUAAAGCAGUUUUAAUUUUUAUCAUUUGAUAAUGAAAACCGGCAACUCAUUUUAUUUCAAAGCGUUAUUUGUGCAGUCACCGCUGGUGGAUGAGGAGGAUUUUGGAGCUCGAGCAAGCCUACUCGCAUGAGCUGCAUCAUUUUGGGAGACACUGGCUUGCGGGACCCUGGUAGAAGGGAGACACAGGACUGUGCAAGACAGAGCUGUUUGCAGAUUUUAGGCACUGAUCACCAAGAGCCCUAGGUACACUGGCCCUGAGUAGUAGGAGUCAUGAGUGGUCAGGAGGUGCCUACCAAUCCUGCGCAGGAGCAGGUUGACACGGGGGAUGGAGUCUCAGAUGGCUCCACCACUACCCCAACCACCACCGCCACCCUCACUGUCCCGGUCAUGAUAAAGAAGGAGCCUUGCACGCAGGGGGCCAGUAACGGGAAAGAUGUGCCUGCCGAGAUCUGUGUGGUCCUCGGUGGAGGAGGAGGAAGGUCUCGCAAUGACCAGACUCAGGGCUCCUAUGUUUGUGGGAUAUGUGGGAAGAAGUACAAGUACUACAACUGCUUUCAGACGCACGUCCGUGCCCACAGAGAGUCCGACAGCAUACCAGGGGAGGGUGCACCACCAACUCCCAACAAUAGUUUCCGCUACUCCUGUGACAUCUGCGGGAAGAAAUACAAGUACUACAGUUGCUUCCAGGAGCACCGUGACCUGCAUGCUGUUGACGACCCAUACGAGCAGGUGGUUCUAGGACCUGUGGAAGACCUCAAGGAGGAGGAGCCAGUGGAACCCUUUCAAAAAAUAGGACCAAAAACUGGGAGCUAUGUGUGUGAGUUCUGUGGGAAGCAGUACAAGUACUUCAACCCAUACCAGGAGCAUGUGGCUCUUCACCAACCAACGAAUUGGUCCUUCGAUAAUAUGAAGUCGCCUCGGUCACGUGGAAGUGUGGGUGGAAACAUGGACGUCAGCAAAUACACUAAAUUAGAAACCGACCGUCCCUUCAGUCGGAAAAUAGAGAGCAAAACCCAGUCCAGCCUGGUGGACACCAACAGUUCCCAGAACUCAAGCGGUACUCCAAGCCCCCUGGUGACCGGUUCGUUCCCUGCAUCACAGAAACCCUACACAUGUGGCGCCUGUGGCAUCCCGUUCCAGUUCUACAACAACCUGCUGGAGCACAUGCAAUCCCAUGCUGCGGAUAAUGAAAAGCAUACCAAAGGGGAAUCUCCAAAGACAUCACCGGGCCCAGCCUCACAGGACCAGCUAUGGAGGUCCCCCCAGCCCCAGCAUCAGGCCCAAGCUCAAAUAGUUCAAGUCCAGAUACAGGCUCAAUCCCAGCCUGCACAGAGAAACCACUCCAUCAACCAGAACAGUGGUGGGUUACCGGAGAAGGAAAGGCAACAGGUGGCUGAGCGUCUCUUGAGGGUGAUGUGUACAGACCUGGGCGUGCUCAACAUGCUCAACAGCAAGGACUUCCUAAAGCUGGCCCAGACUCUGGUGGACACGGGCGCCCGCCACGGUGCCUACUCCACCCGCGACGCCCUGGGCAACAUGAGCUCUCUGGCCCUACUCCAGCUUCCCCGCAUGUACAACCAGGUCAAGGUCAAGGUGACUUGCGCCCUAGGCUCCAACUCCUCACUGGGCAUUGCCGUCACCUGCCAUUCCCAGACAGUGGGACCUGAUGCCUGCCUAGUGCUGACAGCCUACCAGGUGGAGGGGUCCAGGCUCAAGCGCUACGUUCUAGGCGUCAAGGAGGCAGACCUGAGGGAGGGGCCCGAGCAGGUGCACCAGUGGACACAGAACGUGCUGUCUGAGUUCGUCAUGUCGGACAUUCGCACAGUGUACGUGACUGAGCCGCGGGUAGGGGUGGGGGGCUUGCCGCUGGGUGGAGGUGGGCGGAGGAGGGUGUGCCUGCGGUGCGCCGGGUGCUCGUUGGGUGCUGUGGUCCAAGCGGUGCUGGGGAAACACAGCUUGCAGGCAAGGGGGCUCCACGAGCUGUCUGAGCUGCUGGCCGCCUGCCGCGACAUCGCCUCCACCAGCCUCUUGUCUACCAGCGGCGCCACGGACGAGGGCACGUCUAACCCCUCCACUCCCCCUGGGCUCAGCCCCACUCCUCCCUGCUGGGACCGCACAGCUGAGGCCCUGCUUCAGGUGCACUCCCACUUUGAGCAGAUCUGCGAGGCGUAUGGGAGGAGCAAGGCCACGGCUUCCACACUGCAUGGCCUCAACAAGCACCUUCUGGGGACGCUGACCUGCCUGCUGGCCCCUCUGCGCCUGGCCGCCUUGGAACUCAGCAGCCAGAGGAGGCCCACCCUGCAGCAGGUGCUACCUGUCUACCUGCGCCUGGAGAAACUGUUCACCUCCAAGGCUGGGGAGGUGGGGACCUCCAGCAAGCUCUGCCAUUACUUCCUGGAAGCUCUCAAGGAGAACUUCAAGGUGGAGAAAGCCCACCAGGUAGCCAUGGUCCUGGACCCCCAGCUGAAGCUGCGUCCCGUCCCAGCCUACCAGCAAGAGGAGAUCAUCGCCCACGCCUGCGAGAUGGCCACAGACGCCCGCGACGGCGGGGGGUCCGGAGGUGAGGACAUGGAUGGACCCUCAACACUCAAACGGCUCCGCGUGGAUGUCCCCAGGGGCGGGGUGGACGCCAGAGGGGUAGUAGCCGUGUCGUCGUGUGAGGCGUCGUCAGAUGAAAGCCAGACCCAGGUGAGACAGGAGGUGUUCCAGUAUCUGGCUGAACCGCUCCUCCAGGGUACCAACCCAGACCUCUUCCACUACUGGAGCACCACGGUGGGCGACCGCUACCCCAGACUGGCACACCUGGCACUGUGGCUGCUGGCCGUGCCCGCUGUGGGCGUCCGCAGCGAGUGUGUGAGCAUUUGCGAACAGAGCCUGGCCAUUAAGAGGAGGCAGCAGGUCACCACCGAGGAGAUGAACAAACUCAUCUUCCUGCGCUCCAACAUGGCCUGAAUGUUAAGGUCCAACCACUGAGGCUGACCUAACCACGACCACAGCUCGACUGUUCUCGACUGCUCCACCAAUGACUACACAGACUAUCUACAGAGGGAUGGGGGAACCCAGAGAGUCUGAUCUCAUGGACGUACUGUUGUGAAAGUAGCGUUGCCCUAAAAGCACAUCAAAAGCCUAGGUUAGUGAAUGAGAACAUGCGUCAAACAUCCAGACUGGUUGGAUACUGUUCAAGAAGGGCGAGGAGGUAGGGCGAUCUUCUCAAGAUGGGGAUCAAACCAUGGUUAGUGCCAAAUGCAACAAAGAAAAAAUGAAUUAUCAGGGGUUGAAUGGCUUUUAAAAUUCAUAGGAUAAACGACAAGAAUGGUAAGGGGUGUUGCAUCUGGUGCUAGCUAGAAACCGCUGUUAUUCUUUGGCCAUUAAAGAUCUCUCUUUCACUAAAUCACUUCUGACCCUAUGAGUCAGUCAACUUCAUGCCUUUACAAUGUUAUCAAAUUGCCAUCUUUUUACAAUUUCUUCAAUGGCUUGUAGUUGUCUGGCUUUAGUAGCUUUUUGAAGGACUAAAGGGAGUAGAUUGGCCUUCGGUGGUUGUGUAUGGCCUAGCCUCAGAUCCGUCCUGGACAAUGGUGCCAUUAGACUGCACUCUGUUACCGAGUGACUAUACUGAAUGACUUGAGGGUUGGGGUGGGUGUGAUUGGGAACUUGUCGGCCUGAUUGCCCCUGGCCUAUUAGUGGUGUCUUUCUUUUUCUAUGUGUAUAUUUUCUGACCCACCUCCACCCCCCCACAUUUUGGUGACUAAACUAUAUAUAUUUUAGUAAUAAUAAAUUCAAUAUUAAGAGGAAAACAAAACAAAAAUUAAAGUGGGCCUCUGACCCCGCCCAGCCAACAGGUGUCCAUCCAACCCCCCACACCCGGAAACCAUGUUUCCCACCCCUUCCCACCCCCCUAGCAACUAGGUUUGCUCGUCAGUCACCCCCCAGCACCCCCCACUCCCCCUCCAGGUUACCAGAGAUGUCGAAAGCAUUCCACAGGGAUGCUGGCCUAUGUUGACUCCAAUGCUUCCCACAGUUGUAUCAAGUUGGCUGGAUCUCCUUUGGAUGGCGGACCAUUCUUGAGACACACCGGAAACUGUUGAGCGUGAAAACCCAACAGCGUUGCAGUUCUAGACACACUCAAACCGGUGCGCCUGGC